CAAUUAUGUUUUUAACAUAACAGAGACGUCGGGGCUUAGCUGUGGCUGUGUGGGGUGAUAAAAUGUGUGGUAAUGGACGUUGGUGCGUGGGUUAAAGUGUGUAAGUGUGGCUAUUUUAUAUGGUGUAUUGCAUUGGGGGCUGUAAGAGUUGGAUUAGUGGCUAUGUAUGAGAGGUAGAAAUAGGCUAGCAGUGAGAUGUUAGGGGAGAACUGUGUGUUUGACCUUCGAAGGAAGGUGAUAAUUACCUGUUGAUAACUUCUUGUGAUAAAAUGUUAUUCAAUCUUGUGGAGUGUAAUGUGAGCUUGUAGACAAUUAAAUGGAAUUAAAAUACAGGUGAUAGGAAUAAAAUAUGAAAGCGUGCAGAUACGGUAUAAAAGAAAGAAAUGGAUGGCAAAUAGGAGAUAGAUAGUGGUUAUAUAAGUAUAGGACAGUUGGCUCCUUGAGUACGGGGUGUUAUAUUGUGUCGUGUAGAGAGAGAUUGUGUAACGAUGCGCGCUCUAAGAUAAGCGAUGAGCUUAUGCGAUGGCCUAUAUUGAGUGAAAAUAAUACGCGGAGGUACAGGCAGCAGAAACGGCAAGAACACAAAGAAUGGAGUGAAGUGAAUGGCAUGUACCUGGCGGGCUGAUAAAAGGAGAUACACAAACACACAGAAACAAAACAAUAAGAGAGUUCAAGUCUGUGCCACAAACAAACCUUGGAUUGGCACAUCACUUUGUUCCUUGAUUGCUCGCAGACAGAAGGCUCUUACCACCCUCGGUAAAGACUCUUGCCUGUACAAAGAACUCAGGAAUCAAGUGCAAAGAGAGUGUAAAGGAUGCAGAGAAAGAUACUAUUCCAACAAAGUUGCUGCGCUUAAAGAGUCAAAUAUUUCCCGCUGGUGGCAGGAAGUCAAAUUUCUCAGUGGCUCCGUUGUCUCAAAUGAGUGGUUGCACCAACUGAUGGAUGACUCUACCCCGUUGGUCCAGAUUCUUGCUGAAAGAUUCAAUGAGUUUCUCCUUGGUCUUACGUCUAAUUUCGCGCCCAUCAGCCAGCAAGUUACCUGCUCGGGGCCAGUCCCCCCUGAACUGCUUAUCACCCCUGGAAAGGCGUUUAAAGCCCUAAGUCGCAUCAAAGUGAAGAAGACAUCUGGACCUGACCCAGUCCCUAGUGUCAUAUGA